CAAACAGACAGGCAUUGGACAACAUACUUUUGCACCUGUCACAAUGGUGUCCCAUUCGUUAAAGAUUCAGGGUGUAUUCUUGGAGAGGAUGGUUAAUGAGAUGUCUGAAGACCAAGGCAAAGGGCUUGCACACGAUGGGAUGAUGAGCCUUGUCAAGUCAUUUUGUCACACCAGCCCUAUCUGGUCCCAUUUCACUUUGAUUACCCUGUCAAACAAGUCAGCCUUCGCCCCUGCAGACAAGCAAAUCUACAUGGACAACUUUUCUACAAGAUGCACUCGUCUCAAAGACCUGUCUCAUCAGGGAAUUCGGGCAGCUGGAAUGCUGAGAACUGACAGGAAAACAGGAGAAGCCUGCCCAGUGACCUGCUGCCAAAAGCCCUCCAGUUGCUCAUUGAAGUUUUUGGAUUGAAGUUCCUUCUUCGUUGUUGAGCUAAUAACAAUUGGUCACUUUUAAAGAUAAACGGGCUAACCCAGAUUUCAGGGGUUUCCAGAAAUCUUAACCUACAC